AUGUCUUCUAAGUCAAUCGCCACGUUUGCUGCGGUCGAAGACAAUGGCGCUGGCCAUGGUGAUGGUGCAAGUGAAAUACGCGGAUCGCCACUCGCCACAGGCCGAAACCAAGUAGAGCAAUCUGCUGCAACACAGAGUCAGGAGGAUGAAGUUGAAGCAGACGAAGGCACUAGCCUCCUGGCAGAAAGUGGUGCACAUAUCUCGCAUGGCCGCUUCGCGAGCAAGGAUAUGCUGAAGCAGUAUAUCCCGGAACUCGACCCAGAGCACCCGAGAGCAGUGACACUGCGCGUGAAAAUGGCCAAGAGAUCCACCAUGUUGAACUUGCAGCUGUCGAUAGCUCUGCUGGUGGUCGUUAUCAAUAUCGUCCUGAUCAUAGCCCUGAUCCAUAACUAUCCACUGGACUUUCGUGGAGUCGGCACUUUUUCUUACGGUAACUGCAGCACCCUAAGCACCAUCAACAGCGCAGUACACGUGGCACUGAACAUAAUCUCGUCUCUAUUCUUGGGCGCGGGCAACUAUUGCAUGCAGAUUCUCGUGGCGCCAUCCCGAGCAGAAAUCGACAAGGCACAUGCCGAAGGCCGCUACUUGGAAAUUGGAGUUCCAAGCAUCAAGAAUCUGCGAUACAUCCAACGCAGAAGAGUACUCAUCUGGAUAUUAAUAGGGUUCUUUUCGACUCUGCUGCAUUUUUUUUGGAACUCUGCAAUCUUUACCUCACUCCCCGUAGCCGCGAUUCCACGCGCCGUUGUCACGAAUGACUUCUUGCGUGUCGAUGAUCCUUGGAAUGUCACCGACCCUUUAGGACACCGGGAAUGGUGGAAGUUCGCCCCAGGAUAUGGAGAAGCAUCCCAUAACAAAUCUCUGAUCUAUUCUCUACAGCAGCAGGUCCCGACCAUGUCUUAUCUUGGUGCGAGAGAAUGUGCAGAGCACUAUGUGAACCCGCUCACUGCAAGUAGUGGUGUUAUCGUCGUUGCUCGCAACAUGACUUAUCAGCAAUACAAUAGAUCUUCGCUGCUGGACGGGUGGGUCUCAGCAUGGGAGCCGUGGUCAGACUCGACAGGCUGGAUAUGCUCAGCAUACCAGGACGCCGAUAUACUGAAAUGGAGGUUCUGCACUAAAGCAUGGGUCGAACAGUUCCCGGAGCCAUGGGUCCUCCUCUGGCCUGGCCAGUGGGAAGUCGAGGUCGACUACUGUCUAGCCGGCGAAGAUGGAGACAACGAACAGAGAUGUGGACUCCAUUAUAGCGCGCAUAUACUUGGUAUUGUUUGCGCUUGUACUUUCGCCGAGGCUUGCCUGGUGUUCACAGUUUGGUUUCGCCACAGGUACAAUCGGGGAGCCGAGAGUGAUGUGGGCGAGCAGAGGACGAUGGUUACUAUUGGAGACGCCAUCCACAGUUACUUGAAAGGGCCUUGCCGCUCAAAAGAAGACACCGGUCAUGACGAAGCGAUCUCAGCGAAACUCAGACCAGGUUAUGUUAUUGCCUGUAAAGGCAGUUGGAACAUUGAAGCGCGUGUCUCUUGGCUUCGAGCUGUCAGUAAUUCUAUCUGGAUCAUAUCUUAUGCCUUCUUUGCAAUCGGAAUCGCGAUCCCAAGCGCCGCUGUAGCAUCAUCCCUGAUGCAUCUAAGUAGGGUUGGCGUGGAUAUAAGCCCUUCAGCAAUUUGGCAGCAGGGGUUCAAACCGCACCCAGCCGCAGUCUCCCGAGAUUUGAGAUCCUUUGGGGCCGCUGGGACUGGGACGACAUCGACCUUACUUGGCCACGUGCUCGUGUCCAACAGUCCGCAAAUGCUCAUGAGUUUUCUCUAUCUGUUCUAUAACAAUAUCCUCACCCGACAGGUGGUGGCCGACGAGUGGCUACGUUUCCUCCGCAAGGACGGAAAGAAGCCCUUGCGCGUAUCCUCUCCGGUCGGGAUGCAGCGGUCUUCGUACUUCCUCUCGCUGCCUUUCAAGUACUCGAUACCGCUGCUCGGCCUCUCCACCGUGUUGCAUUGGCUCAUCUCUCAGAGCCUGUUCCUGGUGCAGUCGAGCGCUUUCGGCCCCGGGGCCCAAGGCGAGCGCCUGCCCGUCUAUGAUAUGUCUGCAAGGGGUUAUUCACCGCUUGGGUGCCUUAUGGCUCUUGCUCUGGCGUUCCUUAUGAUCUUACUCCUCCCGCUCAAUGGCGUCUUGAGGAAUUACGAAAACAUACCGCUCGGGUUUCAACGCAUCGGCCACAACAGCAGUGCCAUCAAAGCCUUGUGCCAGCAGCCCGAGGAAGAUCGCGACGCGCACCUAUUCCCAAUCAGCAUAGGGAAAGUUGAAAAUGACCAGGAUAUGGUUCUUCGCUGUGAAGGAAGGCUGACGUUCUCAACCGACAUAAAGCUCAAUCAAAGCAUUCAGCCCGGGAAAUUGUACCUACUGCCGAUUAUUGUCACUCGCAGUGCUGGGAGGUGGCGGCGCGUGAAGAUAGCCUUCGACGUUGUCUUCAGACCUCGCCGCUUUGUUACUUCAUCACUCAUUCAACUGAGUCAGCUCCGCCGCGAAAAAGGUAAUCUUGAUAGUAUAUAG